GAGCGUACACUUAUACGUGCAGCAUCUGUGCGAUUUAAUAUACUUUUCGCGAGUGCGAAGUUUCUCGGUGACUCGUAGACUUUGUAUGUAAAAGCUCGAUCUGUCCUAUGGUCGCCGAUGUCGCUACGUUCCGAAAUCUAUAGAGGCAGAGAGUAGCAAUUCCAGCUCACGUUAGAAGAGUAAGAAAAAGUACGGCGUCCGGAUGCAUCGCAGAGGGAGAAUCUUGUGCAAGGGUCGUGAAUCGGCUUGAUCCGUGGAGUCGGGGGAAAAAAAAGGAAUCAAGGAGAGCCAGUCGAGCCACUCAUCUCGGGGUCGCCUUAAAAUUUUUUCACACACGAGUACAUAGCCCAAAAAACUACGGGGGGUGGCCGGCCGAGCGACGAACCAGGGGGUGGGAAUCGCGACGUUCCUGAGGCAUCGAAAACCCCGUAUCGGGGAUACAAUAAGUCUCGUCACUGCUGGACACGAUGGAUUUAAAGAAUUGUAUUAACAUUUUUAAGCAUUCUGGUGAGCUCGAAUCCAGUAGCAGCAUUAUUACCUCGGAAGAGCACACCUACAAUAGCGCACCGUUCUAUUCUGGGCAGCUAACGAGCCUCGACGAGCCACAGGCCCUGGAUUUGGAAUCUGACUCGGACUUGUGGCCAAUUGACGUUAGUAGCUGUCGCAUUCACCAACAACAGAUAGAAGCGUCGCAUAGACUGAAAAGGGAAAAAGAGUCGACGGAAAAGGCAGACUUGCCGGCCAGUAGCAGGCCCGCAACAUUAGUUGGCGUAACAUGUCCGAGCCGCGCGGCUUCCGGCCAAUAAACCAGCUGUGGAGCGGCGCUGGAUCGACGGACGCGGACUCCGAGUGCCUGUACGAGGAAAUAAGCGGCCCCUCGGCCGAGGACUCGGCCUCAUCCGUUUGCGUGCACCCGGCCCAAGCGGCAGCCGCCGCGGCCCAUCAACGCAGCAUCAGGCGCAGCCGGAAGCUGGAGCAGCACGCCACAAGCCGGAGCAAGCGCUCGGGCGAGCCGGCCCCGUCCGAUCACCAUCAUCCGUACCACACGCAGCCCCGGCAUCGCUCAUCUAGUCAGCAGCAUGCGCUGCGACCCAGCAGCAUUCUGCAUCAUUCAACUUCGUCCGUGGGCGGGGGCAUCGGGGGCGGCAUCGAGAGCCGCCAGAGCCAAGCCGCGAGUUUCAAGCUGACGAGGGGGCGUUCCGCGGCAGCUCGUUACCUCCAGACGACGACGACCACGACGACGACCACGCACUACCAGCAGCCGGCACCUCUUGGGCUCGGCCUGCCGGCUCCACCGCACCUGCAGCAGCCCCAUCACCACCACCACCACAGUGCCCCGCCACGAGUGCCCAGGCACGGGCUCAGGCCUUCGACGAGACGCUCGCGCGGAUCCUACAGUAAUGAGACGCAGGAAGAGGUACAGGAGGAAGACGAGGCCACUCUCAGGGAGCUGCUCAUAAGUCUGCAGAAGCAGGUGAGCGUCAUGAGCAUGAACCUGUCGUCGAAGCUGGACGAGCUUCAGCGCGGCGACCGACAGCUCGAGACGACGGUCGCGCUCUGCGAGAUACGCACCCAACUCCAGGAGCUCACCAAGAGCGUCGAGUCCUGCCAGACCGAGGUCAGCGAGGUCAAGCGCGACAUGGUGGCCAUCAAGCACGAGUUGGAUACGGUACAGCAAGUCAAGGAGGAGAUAGAGGAGCUGCGGGAGUAUGUGGACAGACUGGAGGAGCAUUCGCACCGCAGGAAACUCAGGCUUUUGGAACAGGGGUUGACGUUCUCCCUGUCGUACACAAUACUGUCGGCAGUGCUGGGUAUGCUACAAUUUGGAUACAACACAGGAGUCAUCAACGCGCCACAAACUAACAUCCAAGACUUCAUAAAAGAUGUGUACAAGGAUCGAUACGGCGAGGACAUCUCCGAGAGCUGGGUGGAAACGCUUUACUCGGUGGCCGUCAGCAUAUUCGCUAUUGGCGGUAUGUUGGGCGGCUUCAGCGGUGGAUACAUCGGCAACAGAUUUGGCAGAAAAGGGGGCCUGUUGCUGAACAACGUGGUUGGCAUUUGCGGAGCCUGUCUGAUGGGCUGCACAAAGAUAAUGCGAGCGUACGAGAUCCUGUUCGUCGGGCGCUUCCUGAUCGGCGUCAACUGCGGCCUCAACACCUCCCUCGUGCCCAUGUACAUAUCGGAGAUAGCGCCUCUGAACCUGCGUGGUGGCCUCGGCACCGUCAACCAACUGGCUGUCACGAUCGGCCUGCUUAUGUCUCAGAUCCUCGGUACCCAGAAGUUGUUCGGCAACAACGAGAGCUGGCCCGUCUUGCUCGGUGUUGCCAUCGUCCCCGCCGUGCUGCAACUCCUGCUGCUGCCCUUCUGUCCUGAGUCACCCAGAUACCUGCUGAUCACCAAGCAGUGGGAGGAGGAGGCGCGCAAGGCGCUGCGCAAACUGAGGGCGAGCAACCAGGUUGAGGAGGACAUCGAGGAGAUGAGGGCCGAGGAAAGGGCCCAGCAGUCCGAGUCGACCAUCUCGAUGUCCGAGCUCAUCUGUAGCCCGACCCUCAAGCGGCCCCUGCUUAUCGGCGUCGUCAUGCAGCUAUCGCAACAACUGUCCGGCAUCAAUGCCGUGUUCUACUACUCGACGAGUUUGUUCGAGUCGUCAGGCCUGACACCGGAAAACGCAAAGUUCGCCACAAUCGGUAUCGGCGUCAUCAUGGUCGGCAUGACCCUCAUCUCGAUACCCCUGAUGGACCGCACCGGCCGACGAACCCUACAUCUAUACGGCCUCGGCGGCAUGUUUAUCUUUUCUAUAUUCAUCACAAUUUCCUUCCUCAUAAAGGAAAUGACGGAUUGGAUGUCAUACCUGGCGGUCGUCUCGAUCCUCGGCUUCGUCGUGUUCUUUGCCGUGGGCCCGGGCUCGAUACCCUGGAUGAUCACGGCCGAGCUGUUCUCCCAGGGCCCAAGACCGGCUGCCAUGUCCAUCGCCGUUCUCGUCAAUUGGACGGCCAACUUUUUCGUUGGCAUCAUCUUCCCGACCAUGAAGGUUACUCGUGAAAACAGGAAUGUCAGCUGGAAGAACCAGAAUACCAAGGAGAAGGAGCAGAAGGAAGAAAUGACAAAAGUAAUUAAAAAAAAGGAGGACAUCGUGUCGAAAAAGAGGAUAGAUAAUCAAAAGUCGAAUUAA